AUGACGAGCCUCGGCCUCCUCUACGGCCGCGUCGUGCUCGCCCGCCCCCUGCGGCCCGCGGUCCUCGCCGCCGGCAACCUCGCUGCCGGUAUCGUCUUCGCCGGUCUCUUCGUGCUCACCCGCGUCCUGCGCGUCGGCAACCUCUCCGAGGGCUGCUUGCGGACCCCCGACCAGGCCGCCGUCUCCCCCGGCGGCAACCCGUACCUCGCCUCCGCCGCCUCCUUCUUCUACGUCGUAAAGUACCCGCCCGACGUCGCCUUCUUCGCCUACACCCUGGCGGCGACCUUCUUCCUGCUCGCCGUCCUCGGUGCCGUCCCGCCGCGCUUCGCGACGCGUCGGCUCGGCGUCCUGCUGGCGUUCGGCACGUCCGCGCUCUUCUUCUACGUCGCGCACCUCGUCGUCGUCUUCGCCCUUGCCAGGCUCGUGACGGUCCCGCUCUUUGGGCACGACACCCGGCGGCCCGCGCCGAUGGAGGGCGGGUCGACCAGGGGCGUCGACAGCGUCCUGGUCUACUGGGCGAACUGGGCGGUGCUCAUGGCCGUCAUGUAUCCGUUGUGCAGGCGGUACAGUGCGUUCAAGAAGACGAGGAGUGCAGAUUCGGUGUGGAGGUUCUUUUAG